AUUCAAUACAAGUAUUAAAACACUUCUCUGUUGUAGGAUCCCUCCAUCUUCACUGUACUGACUGCCAAAACCACCCGGCCUGGUGUCGCCAUCGCCGACUUCGUCGUCUUCCCUCCUCGCUGGGGGGUCGCUGACCGCACUUUCCGACCCCCUUACUAUCACAGGAACUGUAUGAGUGAAUUCAUGGGCUUGAUCACGGGGCACUAUGAGGCGAAGGAAGAGGGUUUCCAGCCUGGAGGAGGCAGCCUGCACAGCAUGAUGACCCCGCACGGACCCGAUGCCGACUGCUUCGAGAAGAACAGCACGGCCGUGCUCAAACCCGAGAGAGUCGCCGAGGGAACUAUGGCCUUCAUGUUCGAGUCCUCCUUCAGCAUGGCGGUCACCAAGUGGGGUCUGGAGACAUGCCAGCGUCUGGACAAGAACUACUACCAGUGCUGGGAACCUCUCAAGAAACAUUUCAACCCAAACUGGAAACCUGGCAGCAAGUAGAAAAAGCUGCAGUUUGUGUCCACUAGAUGAGAAUAUGCAACAUCAGAGUGGAAUAAGUUUGAUGGUAUAAACACAAUGUAUCCGGUUUUACGCUGCAGUUUAGACACUCCUGGUCGAAUGUCAUGAUUUGGUUUUACAUUUAUAGCACAGAUGCUGAAUUAAACAAAAAUGUGUGAUAAAGCUAAUGGCUUGUUAUAAUAUUGUGAAAAAUGUUACCAUAUUUUCAUUGCUUACCAACAAAACAUGAGGUUUGACCAGGAUUGUCCAAACUGCUUCAGAACUGUAGCUUCUAUUUCUAAAUAAAGAAAAAUGUAACGCUUAGCUAUAGUGAACUAUAAAGAAUAAAAAUGAUUAAUAAAGAGCUCAAACCUGCAGUCGGAUGUCCUUCAAUAAAGGGAAUUUAUUAUUAGUUACAAGUAAAUUUAAUAUUAAAGUAAUAAUACAAGCGAGUGCUCAGUAUGAAAGUCUGUAGGGGCGCUGGUAAGUUCCAUCUUUUAUCUGCUGCUCCCUCUUGUCCUGAAAUUACAGUGAAAGGCAUUAUCAUCAUUAACGUCUACUGUUCAUUAUGAUGUAACUGAGGCCGUUUUCAUUUUGUCCUUCACACAACUAGCAAAAAAUUCUGUCUCAUUUCUACUUAUUUGCAAUCAUGUAAAAGCAGAUACAAGUUAAUAAAGGAUCUAGAUGAAUGUU